AUGGCCUUUAGUCCUGGUAAGACGGUCGACUGCUACCUUGCGGAGGGGUGGAGGGUCCUGCCGCCCACUCGGGCUGUCUGCAGGACGUGCGGUACAGCCUUGCUCUGGCACAAAAGCUACCCGUUCACAUACUGCGUUGACUGUGCGGAAAAGGUGACCCUGUGCGAAGGGACCACGUCUCCACCAGUCGACAAUGCAGGUGCGACUCAAAAGACAUCUUUGUUACACGAAUCUUGCGAUAGUAAGGAGGCGCAGCGAGCAUCGUCUCCAUCGGCCUUACUUGGAAGUCUCCUUCUUCGUGGUUACACAAUGUCGGCACUUUCGUGUCCACGUGGCUGCAACAUUCCUCUAGCUCGUAAGCCAUCCGACCACAGCGUGGUUCUCUGCGCAUCCUGUGGGUUUCAAAGCUCUGACGCGGCGUUUGCGGAGCCACAAUCCAGGAUAAAUAGCGAGGAGCUUGCCCAUCAGAUAGCACAGAAGGUUAAGCUGAUUGCCAGCCAGCCGAGCAUGAAGGGAGAUGAUUCACAGGGUGGUGUUGUGGACCAGGCAGAACGAAAGGAGGAGACAGAUAUCUCCAUAGCUUAUCUUGCGGAGGCUCUCAAAGAUAGACUUGUGUGCCUGGGCAAGCAGCUUGCUGAGGCCCCGCUGGAUUCUUUCACACCGAAUAUUCAGCAGCGUGUGACAUCUCUGGUUAGCGCUAUGCGAGACAUUCAGGAUGCUCGCAGAAUGCUUCUGGAGAGUCUAGCAUCUUAA